AUGGGCUUCGUAGGCGCUGGUGGCGGGCUGCCGUGGGCUCAGUAUGAACCGCCGCGUCCUCUUCCUGCUCCGCGUGAUCUCGCCGUGUCGUCUCACCGUGCCCGCUCGUCCGCGUUGCUUCCGCCGAUGAAGAGAAUUCCCACGGCGACCCUGGCCCGCCUAUGGUCGCUGGCGGCGUCCCUGCAGAGCCUUGAGCGGAUUCUCCAGGAGUCAUAUGACUCCAUGCCGAUCAUCCCGGUGCUGAGAGCGGGGGCGGUCAUGGCGGAGCAGAUGGGGCCAGUCAUUCCCCACACCAUCACCUACCACCUCGGCUAUGUGCGGGACGAGACCACGCUCCAGCCAACACUCUACCUCAACAAGCUGCCCAAGGCGUUCAACCCGGAGGCACAGAUCAUCAUCGUUGAUGCCAUGCUGGCCACAGGAGGCACGAUGAUGGCGACGAUGGAGGAGGUGGUGGGGCGAGGUGCCAACCCCGACAACAUCCGCAUCAUAUCGGCCAUAGUGGCAUCGCCAGCACUCAAGCUCCUGAGUGAGAAGUACAAAGGGCUGCGAGUGUACACGGGGAUGAUUGACGCUGACGUCAACGACCAAGGGUAUGCCCGCCAUGCCGUAUUCCCACCCCACCCCACCUGGCUUGCCUCCGCCCUGUCGCCUUCAAUGCCCACCUGCGCGCUCGUCCCCCUCUUUCCUCCUUUCUUCAUCCCCUCCGUUCCCUCUCUCGGGCUCUUGACUCCCACUCGCACCCACUUGCAUGCCAUCCCCCCCACAUCAGGUUCAUUGUACCUGGACUAG